AUGGCACUGAAUGGCAAGGUCGCUUUGAUCACCGGAGGUGUCAAGAACCUUGGAGCCGAGACGGCACGCGAACUUGCAGGAAUUGGUGCGAAUCUGGCCCUUCACUAUAACUCUGCGAGCAGCAAGAACAGUGCGGUCGAAGUGGAAGCCGAGUUGAAGCAGAAGCACCCAAACUUGAAGUUUGCGUUCUACCAGGGCGAUCUGACUUCCGCGGCUGCCGUGGACAAACUGUUUGACUCAGUGCUCAAGGAUUUUGGCAAGAUUGACAUUGUGGUCAACACGGUGGGCAAGGUGCUGAAGAAGCCGAUCACCGACAUCUCGGAGGAGGAGUAUGAUACCAUGUUCGCAAUCAAUUCCAAGGCGGCAUUCUUUAUUCUGAAAGCAGCAGGCCGCCAUAUCUCUGAUGAUGGCAAGAUCAUCACCAUCGUGACUGCUCUGCUGGGCGCUUUUACCGGAUUCUACACCUCCUAUGCUGGGUCGAAGGCGCCCGUGGAACACUUUACCCGCGGUGUUUGCAAGGAAUUGCAGGCCCGACGUGUGAGUGUGAACAAUGUGGCACCAGGCCCGAUGGAUACGCCGUUCUUCUAUCCCCAGGAGUCCCCUGAAGCGGUCGAAUUCCACAAGAGCAAUGGCAUGGGAAAUAGAUUGACUAUGGUCCAGGACAUUGCCCCAGUGAUUCGAUUCCUGUGUACUGACGGCGCGUGGAUCACUGGUCAGACCAUCUUUGCAAAUGGCGGGUAUACAACUCGCUGA